AUGGGCUCCGUACAGGACCCAGCCGCCUCGGAAACAUCCAAUGGCGAACUAACCGAGCUCUUUGCGCCCUCCGCGCCGGAUGGUCUCCCCGCAGACGUCCUGGGGGAGCUGCAGUCUAUAAUGCGGGUUCAUGGGAUCACCGCCCAGGAAUUGUUUUACCGAUGGGAGUCGUAUUGUCUGCGCAUGGGGUCUGAGGAGACUAAACUUGAUCUGGAGACUGUGAGGCUGUUUAAGCGGGAUGUGCAGGAUAAUUUGGAGCGGCAGGCGAGGGGCCGGCAGCAGGUUGAGAAGCGCAGUGGUGGUGCCGCGGCGACCCCGAGGGCGAGGGAGAGGGAUAUGGGGAUGGGUGCCGGGGCAGGUACUGGUGAUGUUUUUGGGAUGCUGGAUGGAUUGACGCCUGGGAGAACCCCCGGGAGUGCUGGUGGUUCGGCAAAGAGGAAAGCGGAAUUUUCGUCGCCGUCGGUUUCGAAGAAGGUUGAUUCGCCGCUUAGUUCGAAGACAAAGGCUUCGACGAAUGGUGGAGGGGAUAGUGUACAAUCUGUCCCGUUUUCAGAGCGCCCGAAUCCUGGCCAGACGAUUGAAACGCUCAACGAGCACCUGUCUCUGCCCGAAACACCCAUGGCGCCGUUCCCAGAGCCUCGAAUUCGUCCCGCCGCGAACACGGAUCUCAAGAAGUUUGGGUAUAAACCUAUGGCUAUGCGAUUGUCGGAAACAUCUGAGAUUCUCGACGACCGGAUUGAUGAGUUUACGGCCAUAUUCGAGAAGAAGUACGAGAACGAAGACAUCACGUUCGGGAGUGCUGCUGUCCAGAGCACGAGCGAGAUUGUUGCUGUAGGACGCAUUGCUUCUGACAGUGUAGAGGGGAAGCUCAAUCCAGCGUCGCUCGUACUUGAGACGUCGAGGCGCUCAGGGGCCGGUAAGAGGGUGCCUUUGAAUGUGGAGUCGAUCCCGUCAGUGAACUUCUUCCCCGGGCAAAUUGUUGCUUUGCUGGGGAUCAAUGCGUCGGGAAAUUACUUUUCGGUCAAAGAGGUUCUUCCACCACCUCUUUUGCCGCCUGCCGUGUCGUCCGUUCCUACCAUUGAGACUACUAAUGAGCGCGUAUCGGAGUCUGGGUCUUCACCAUUGAAUGUUAUGAUCGCCUCCGGACCGUAUACAACAGACGACAAUUUAGAUUUUGAGCCUCUGAAGGAAAUUUGCCAAAAAGCCGCAGAGAGUUAUGCGGAUGGGCUCAUCCUCAUGGGACCGUUCCUGGACACUGAGCACCCAUUGCUAGCAUCGGGUGAUUUUGACCUUCCAGAAUCUAACAACAUUGACCCGGAUACCGUUACCCUCACAACUGUCUUUAGGCAUUUCAUAUCCACACAACUACAAAAGCUCGCUGCUGCCGUCCCGAGCAUCACAAUUGCUCUCGUCCCCUCCGUUAGGGAUGCCGUGAGCAAACACGUUUCAUGGCCACAAGAGCAGCUACCCAAGAAGGAGCUUGGACUGCCAAAACAAGCUCGCAUGGUGUCCAACCCAGUGACAUUUUCGCUGAAUGAAACUGUUAUCGGAAUGUGCUCGCACGAUGUGCUGUACGAACUGCGGCGUGAAGAAGCUCUCCACGGAAGACCCAAGGAGGCCAACAUCCUAACACGUCUAGUGAAAUACAUGAUUGAACAGCGACACUUUAUGCCCAUAUUCCCGCCAACAUCUAGGGAUGCUCUUCCGAGACCCGGAAUCGAUGGUGGGCUAGCAACUGGUGCUGCCCUGGAUGUACCCUAUUCCAAGCUCGGUGAAUGGUGGAAUGUGCGGCCAGAUAUCCUCAUUGUGCCUAGUAUGCUGCCGCCGUUCGUCAAGGUGGUCGACAGCAUCCUCACAAUAAACCCAGGCCCCAUUUCCAGGCGACGAGCAGCAGGGACCUACGCUCAGAUGGCAAUCCACCCCCGCGUCGUCAGCGAGGAAGAGCAGGAACAGAAAAACGUAAGCCACAAUCUAUACGAGCGGACACGGGUCGAUAUAGCCAAGAUUUAG